AUAAAGAGGAACUAAUAACUUAUUGCUGAAUAAAAUCUACUGCAAAUUGUCGGAAAAAAAACUUACAUAAAAUUAGUUUCGUUCAUUUGCAAAACAAGCCAACUUCAAUCCGUUGUUGACGAUUAAACAAAGUAACAUAUCAAAAGGAAAAAGUGUAAUUUAAAAUUUUCGGCUCUAUCGUGCAUUGAAAACAAAGGAAGCUAUAAGCUGCCAGGUCUGAUGCACUUGAGAGGUAUCUAAUAUAUUCUCAGCUCAUAAACUCUUCGAUCGGUCUUUCAGUCGCACCAUGGGACAUUUCAUUGUUUUCUCUAUGAGUGACAACUUGUCAAAUAUCCUCUCACGCUCACUUCCAGCUUGACAUCUCAUGCGGUUCUCUUCCGAGGAGCACUGACAUGGUUUCCUAGACAAAAGAUAAAAAAUCUUCAAGAUCUUUUCGAGUCAUGAAAUAAGCAACUCUAUAGCUCCUCAGAGCUUGAAUAUGGUAAUAUCAGCGGGGAACAUAAUACCCUCUUGUUUUUUAAACACUCGCCAGGAUUCAGGUGGCUAAGGUCUUUGAUAAUGUCAGCUAAAAGGCUUUCACGAAAAAAGGGCUUUAACAACAAACUGUUAAUCCUGGCUUUUUCUUCCUCGAUUGAAAUGUAGCAGGCUGGAUAUUUUCUUGUCGCAAAUCAGCUUUGCUUUUGCUUUGUAAACAUGCCGUUCUAAAGAGCGAAGGAACAAAAAGAUGCGCUUUUAACCCAUGUUACAUGAUGUUUCAAUGUUUACUUUCAAAUCCCCGCGCUAAGCUCGCUUCAGUCACUAAUUAAGUGUAAAAAAAAUUGACUGCUUGUCCGCACAGAAUGAUGAAAGACGACGGACCGAUUCAGAAAGUUGGAAAAUAUCGCGAAACAAAGGAAUAAAAGUUGAAUGCGGCUUGGGGGAUAACUUGAUGUGUUUUUGCGGGGUCUAAGGGAACUCUUCGUCAAUUCAUUAUUUAGAUGACCGCCGUUUGAUAGAUAAUAUAGCUAAUAAUACAGCCGUAUAAAGAAGUUUGACAUUUAGGUGUCCUGAGGCUUGAUUGACAGCUGCGGAUUGAUCGUUAAAUUUCCUUCGCAUUAUUUCUCUGUUGAGGACAAUAGCUAAUUAUAGCUAAAUGAAGAUAAAAGUGAUUGCAGGAAUAUUAAAGCUAUCCAGAUAUAUUGGGCCGCCGUGAAGUGAAUAUCGCAUCCAUCACCAAGGGAAGACGGGUCAAAAGUCUUAUUAGGAAUCGCCUGGGUGAUUUUUCAUUAGCCUCUAACAUCAUGAGCCGCGAAGUACAAUUUUGUUUUGCUAUUCCGCGCGCCGAGGGAUUUCCUCCUGUUAAACGUUCUUCCCAGAUUCACUCGUUUGCUAUUCAGGACAUCCUUGGUCUUAGCGAGAAGAGCUCAAAACCGAAGGCGGCAAGUCACCAAAGUGUGAGCCUUGUAAAAUGCUUUUCGCCGGUUUCAGCCCGAUUAGAGGCUCAGAAUGCCGACCACGAAAAGGCUUCUGCACUACCAGAUCAUCACGGGACAGACAGUAGUAAAAUUGACAAGUGCCUGUACCUAAAGGGAGACAAAACUACGGCGAAUAAGAAGGCACCCAAAAAGCGUCGACAUCGCACUAUUUUCACAAAUUAUCAACUAGAAGAACUGGAAAAGGCUUUUAAAGACAGCCACUAUCCUGACGUGUAUGCGAGGGAAAACCUUUCUGCCAAAAUCGAGUUACCCGAAGACCGAAUUCAGGUCUGGUUUCAAAAUCGACGGGCAAAAUGGCGAAAGAAGGAAAAGUGUUGGGGUCACAGCUCCAUAAUGGCCGAGUACGGGUUGUAUGGAGCGAUGGUUCGACACUCCUUACCCCUUCCCCCUCAUCUCACCUCUAACUCGGCCCCAUGGCUGCUCGGCAUGCAUAAAAAAGCAAAGCUCAUGGAAGAUAAAAUCAAGGUAGAGACUUCGAAAGAGACUGGGGAUGACCUUAGGUCCCACAGUAUUGCGUCACUGAGGCAGCGAGCUCAGGAGCACAAUGCCGCAGUCAAGCAUCUUCAAGAACAAGAGGCCAUGAUGAUACAGGUGUAUAAAAGUAAAGAAUCGAAGGAAAGGAAGCUUUCCGACAGUGGAUCCGAAGGAGACACCGAUUUGGAAGAUAUGUGAUUAGAAAUGAAGAAAUAACAGUCCUAAAAUUAGAAUCUUAGAAUAACAUAUCGACUGUGAUGUAUAGGGGAAUUUUUCGAUUGACCGUCAUAAAACUAAAAGCAAAGUAGUCUCAAGAGCCUAUCAUAAUAAGGAAAAUGUCACUAGGAGCCAAUGAGGAACUUGAAAACUGUCUGAAGCGCGGGAAAACGCGGGUGAUCUAGUCGCGAUUGACUUAAGUUUUGAAUCUGAUUGGUCAAGAAAGUGGCACGACUUUUUUUAGACCAAUCACAGAAAAUAAAGCAAAACCAAAGCAUUCUGGGACUACUUUCAACAUUCAAUUGAAAAUUUCUCUAUCAAGCCAUUCAAGACUAGGCACGAAGUAACAGAAUGGCGGGAAAAUUGGAAGAAAUGGAAAAUCUUUCUCGUCAAAACUGAAACCAACAGACAAAAAGCAGGAAAAUAUUACGACGGACACAAAAGCAGUGUCCCUCCGAGCCUCAACUAAUAAAACACAAUGCAUAUGUAAUCUAUGGCCUGGUAAAGGAUUUUACAUCAAUGCUUACAAGAAUUAAUCAUUUGUGCACAAUGAAAAAAAGUUAUUAUUACUCAGUGCAAAGUAUAUAGGAUGCUCAUGCUUCUAAGAGCCUGUUACAAAAUGAAAUGAGCUAAAACAUUUUUAUCUUGUACAUAGUUACAAUAAAAUAAAGUGUUCUCUGAGUCACUGCCACCGACAAAAGUCCAUUUCAGGACUACUCUCAUGAUCACUCGAACGCUAAGGUCACACGAUAACUAAAUUAUAGAAGUGUACUUUGUAAAUGACGAAGAGCCUGUCCACAGAGAAAUGCUGUAUGGAAGCUUAAUGGUAUACAGUUUGGAAAAUAAAAGCUUAGAGGUGUUUGAGACGAGCAUGGCGAACAAAGGGCGAAUGUAAUUGCUUUUAGAAAGGACCUGCUUCAACGUGUUUAAUAAACCAAGAGAGUCUUUUUUUUUAAUAUUUCAAAACUAAAAUCUACACAGAAAAAAAUUUACAGAAUACACGUAUUUAGGUGCCGAGUGCGUCUCAGAAACUUCAAUAGUAUUUAUCAGAUAUUUGUAAAUAAAACGCUUCAACUUUA